CUGUCUGAGAUGUCAGUUACACUUUUACGUGACCCUUCUCUUCCUGGAAUGGGAAUAUCAUCUCUCACACCAUCCAGCACCUGUCCAUCCCUGGUAGAAGGGCGAUACUGCAGCCCAGAGUCCAGGUCAGUUAUUCCCCAGCCACUCUCACUAGCUUUCAGUCCUGAGAGAGAUCUUCCAAGUCCUGCCAAAGAGCUGCAGAAGUCUCCCAGCACAGGGCUCAAGAUACCUCCUAGCAUGUUUGUUCCAGACAUACAGGAAGUCCGGGUAAGCCCCAUUGUUUCUAAGAAGGGGUACCUGCACUUUCUGGAGCCUCACACCGGAGGCUGGGUAAAGAGGUAUGUGGUGGUCAGACGUCCCUAUGUCUACAUCUAUAAUAGUGAUCGAGAUCAAGUGGAGAGGGCCAUUCUUAAUCUCUCUCAGGCUCAGGUGGAGUACAGUGAGGAUCAACAGGCCAUGCUGAAGACCCCCAACACCUUUGCUGUGUGCACGCAACAUCGCGGCAUUCUGCUGCAGGCCAGCAAUGACAAGGACAUGCAUGAUUGGCUGUAUGCCUUUAACCCUCUUCUGGCUGGCUCCAUUCGGUCCAAACUGUCUCGGCGCAGAACUGCUCAAAUGAGAAUUUAA